AUGUUCGAGUCCAGCAUCUCGAGGACGUAUCAAAAAAGAUUAAGGAAUUUUCAAUGUGCUGUUUGUGUUCUUUUAAUUGUCCUCCUGUCAGUGUCGUUGCUUGUCACGGUCUUCUUCAACCUGGGCUACGACGCCGACCUCACACCAGACGAUGAGCCGCCAAAGAAUCUGACCCUUAGACUAGCCUACGAUGAAAAUAUAGCUUCUAUGCUUAAGAUGACCUGGCCCUUGAAAUCAAAGCCUCCCAGGCCUUGGCUAGGGGCUACACCGACAAAGACAAACUUAGACGCUGCCGUGGCACAAGGAAAAGACGCCUUAAAAAAGCGAAAAGUAAUAGAAAGCAGUCUAAAACCUUUGGACAGUGACUCUCCUGCAUCCAGGGCUCAAAGAGCUGCGGCAACCUCGCCGGUAGUGAAGCCUUUGGCAGAUUCUGCCUUCGCCGCUGAAGUCGCUACUAGAGUGUUAGUUAAUGGAACGGACCCCAAAUUAGAGGGAGGGGUGGGUAUGGGUCCCUCAACAGACAGUAACUUCGAAGAGCCAGCGUACUGUCGGCCACCAACAAUGCCUUGUGAGAUGUCCAAAUAUCGCACUCAGGACGGUUCUUGUAAUAACCUCAACAAUCCACUCACUUGGGGAGUUUCCAACACGCCCUUUAGAAGAGUUUUGCCUCCUGAUUAUGGAGAUGGUAUCAGCUCUCCCCGCAUAGCCAACGACGGCUCGACCCUCCCCAGCGCGAGGGACGUGAGCGUCACAGUGCACCGGACCGCCUACGCGCACGACUCCUCCUUCACAGUGAUGCUCGCUGUGUGGGGACAGUUCAUAGACCAUGACAUCACUGCCACUGCUUUGAGCAAGGGAGAAAACAGCAGCACAAUUUCCUGCUGUGAUUCAGAGAUGACUCAUCCAGAAUGUUUUCCGGUGAAAUUGGAUAAGGAAGACCCCUUUUAUCAAGAUUAUAACGUCACUUGCAUGGAGUUCGUAAGAUCUGCGCCUGCGCCUACUUGCCGAUUUGGUCAAAGAGAACAACUCAAUCAGGCUAGUGCGUUCCUCGACGGCUCUACAGUAUACAGCUUUGCGGUGAACAAAACUAACCAGUUACGUGCGGGUCUAGACGGCCAGCUACGUAUGCUGCGUCUCGGCCGCUGGCAACUUCUGCCUCCAUCUACUGACCCCAAUGAUGGCUGUAAUACAGUCGAGAUGAACGCGAAGGGACGCUACUGCUUUGAGUCUGGCGAUGAUAGAGCAAAUGAAAACCUCCACCUAACCACAAUGCACCUGAUCUGGGCGCGCCAGCACAACCGCAUAGCAGCCAUCCUCAAGAAGAUGAACCCGCAGUGGGACGACGAGACCGUGUUCCAGGAGGCGCGGAGGAUAGUCGGGGCACAGAUGCAACAUAUCACUUAUGCUGAAUUCCUGCCUUCUAUACUUGGUCUCGACGUGAUGUGGGCGCUGAACCUCACGCUGCAGAGCGAGGGCUACUCGGACGCGUACGACCCCACCGUGGACCCCUCCAUCGCUAAUCACUUUUCUGCUGCUGCCUUCAGAUUUGCGCACACAUUGCUACCGGGUCUGAUCCACAACGUGGACGCGAGUACGGGCACGGUCAGCUACACGCACCUACACGAGAUGCUGUUCAACCCCUACGCGCUGUACCAGGAGAAGGGGCCCAAAGCCGCCGUCACUUCCGCCCUCAACACGCCCGUGCACGCGGUGGACCUGCACAUUACUACUGAGCUAAGCGAGCACUUAUUCGAGCGGAAGCUCACAUUCAACGGCACCACACGCCCAGCUCCUGGCACUUACCAUAGCGCUGGUACCAGUAACGGUACUAGCGGCGCUACUGGCGGCGCUGCUGGCGGCGCUACUGGUGGCGUCACUGGGUUCGGGACAGUCCCGUGCGGCCUGGACCUGGUGUCGUUGAACAUCCAGCGCGGGCGCGACCACGGGCUGCCGGCGUACCCGGCGUGGCGCGCGCACUGCGGCCUGCCCGCGCUCGCCGCCUGCGACCAGCUCGGCGACGUGUUCGACGACUCCCUAUCUCGCAUCUGUCAGAUAUACAAAAACGUAGACGACAUAGAUCUGUACACGGGGGCGUUAGCUGAAGACCCCAAAGGAAGGCUCCUCGGUCCUACACUUACAUGUCUCAUCGCCGACCAGUUCCUCAGACUGAAGAUCGGUGAUCGCUUCUGGUAUGAAACCUCGGAUGAAAAUGUUAGAUUUACUUUAGAGCAACUAGCAGAAAUCCGUAAGACAACGCUCGCCGGCGUGAUCUGCGCCAACGAGGACCUCCUGGACCAGGCGCAGCCGCGCGUCAUGGAGGCGCUCAGCGCCACCAACCCCCUCGUGGACUGCAAGGAACUGCCCCAACCCAGCUUCGCCCCCUGGAAAGAAACCCCUAAGAAACCC